CGCAGAUUUCAAACUAUGGAAUCGAAUUUAAAUAAAGCUUUAAAAGAAUCGCUGAAAUAUUUUUCCCAUAAAGAACGACUAGCAACUUUUAAAACUUGGAUUUUUAGCAAGAAAUAUCCAUGCAAUGUAGAAAAAAUGGCAGAAGCAGGGUUUAUUUUCAUAGGAAGCAAAAACGAACCUGAUUCAGUUAAAUGUUUCUUCUGCAAUACAAAUUUAGAUCGUUGGGAGCCAAACGAUAAUCCUUGGAAGGAACAUUUACGACAUGCACCAAAAUGUUCAUUUGCCAAACUACAACAACCCAUGGAUCAGAUAACACUCAGAGAAUACUACAUAUUGCAUUCACAAUUAUGCCACUCGGUCAUUGAUGCCUACAUUGAAGAACAAAGGCUUGCAUCUGGGAAGUUAUUCAAAAAAUUGGAAGCAAAGUUUAGAAAAUAAGCUACAAAUGAUCAUACUUACAUUAACUUAACCUAUUUUGAUUUUCUUUUUUUGUUGUAUUUGCCAUUAUGUCAGAUUGAAACAAUGAUCUUAACAUCACUGUUAGAGUUGCCGCCUGUCCUUUUUUGAAG